GGUAGUGUUACUUACACAUCCCUGUCAUUCUCUUCCACUUCCUUUAUUCCACCAUCAUCACGAUCACGCGAUCAAGUGCAGAUGCUUGCUCGUUACUGGCAAGCGAACACACUUCCCAAUGCGUCGCGCUGCCGUUAGAUCUCUUCGGACGACUUGUCAACACACGGCCCGCAGUCUUCCUCGCGCUGGCCGACCGCGACGUUUUCUCUUGUCUCAGCAUCCCAACCUUACCCUAACUCGGCUCUCUUCCUCCCGCUCCAACUAUGUUCUAGGCGAGCCGCUUCGAUCAUCCAUGUAUAUCCGUCGCGUUUCCGUUGCGCUGUUGUCGAGCCUCGUGGGGUAUGGCGCCUGGUACACAUACAAGGGAAACAAUACAUUAGACCAGACUUUCGGAAGGGCGCUCUCCACCACACCCACAAGGCUCGCGAGCGACGCCACGCCCACUCGAAACGUUCUUGUUGUGGGUGCCGAUGAGCUACAUACCGGCACUUUCGUUGGCGAAGGCCCUAUUUCCAAAAACGUCGACGGAAGUGGGAGAAACGUCUUGGAGAUGCUAACACCCGACCAAGCGACCGAAAAGUUGCGACAGAACGAGGCUUCUUUUCUCGUCAACAGGGGACAAGGCGUCUUGCGAUAUGACAUAGUUCAGCUAGCAAGUAACAACCCCAUCGAAGAUGACCACGCUGAAAGGAUUGUGGAAGUGGGUUCAGAAAAGGAAAAAUCCAGCAAUGAUUGGAUGUUUUGGGGCGUCUUUGACGGCCAUGCGGGAUGGACCACAUCAGCAAAGCUAAGGCAGACAUUAAUAAACUAUGUUGGCCGGGAAUUAAAUACUACGUAUAAGGCUGCCGAAACGUUGGGCACGGCGCCGUCGCCUGAAGCUAUUGAUGCUGCCAUGAAAGCUGGAUUUACCCGUUUAGACAAUGAUAUUGUCCAUGAUAGUGUGGAGAAAGUCUUAAAGUCUAACUCCAAGAGAGUUGCAGCUGAGCUGCUCGGACCGGCUCUUUCGGGGUCGUGUGCUCUGCUCUCGUUCUAUGACAGCAGCUCGAAAACUCUAAGAGUUGCCUGUACAGGCGACUCCCGAGCUGUACUUGGUCGACGGAGCAGUUCUGGUAAAUGGACCGCUACGGCCCUCUCUGAAGACCAGACUGGAAGUAACCCGAAUGAGGCAGCCCGCCUUCGCAAAGCCCACCCUGGCGAAACUCGUGUUGUCCAUAAUGGUCGAGUCCUCGGUGGCUUAGAGCCCACGAGAGCUUUCGGCGAUGCGAGCUACAAGUGGAGUAGGGAUAUUUCUGAACGACUUCGCGCUUCCUUUUUUGCUCGACACACCUCACCACAUUUGAAAACGCCACCUUAUGUGACAGCUGAACCUGUAGUGACUACAACUAAAAUCCAGCCUGACAAGGGUGAUUUUCUGGUGAUGGCUACGGACGGGCUUUGGGAAAUGUUGACAAACGAGGAAGUUGUCGGACUUGUUGGUAAAUGGAUCGAGUCGCAAGCUGCGGAACAGUCUCCUUCCCAGCUUGGGUCAGUAUGGUCUAAAAUAUUUGGCUCCAGCCAGGCUCUACCCGUAGAGGCCAAACAGCAAGAAGGGCCCGAUGGUCAGAAAACACCCGUUCGCUUAGGCCAAUGGGGUAUCUCACCAGAUGACAAGGGAAGAUUUGUCGUUAAAGAUAAGAAUGUUGCAACACAUCUCAUCCGCAAUGCGCUUGGCGGGAAGAACGAAGAGCAAGUCUGCGCUUUGCUGACGCUCGUGUCACCAUUCUCUAGGAGAUAUAGGGAUGAUUUAACCGUCCAGGUCAUCUUUUUCGGCAAUGGCCAGAGAACAGGUGAGGUUACUAUUAACCAGGAAGCGUCAAACAUUCCACCAUCGCCUAUCCAGCCUAAAUUAUAAAUCUUAUAACUUGGAGAAAUCCAAGCGUUACACCAUAUAGAAGAGGGAAUGACGUUUUGGUAGAAAAGAGCAUUGUAUAUUGUAUGUUGUGUGUGAUAGAAAUAGCUGAGCGCGGCGUCUUUGGUUCAUAUCGAAGCUUGUAUUCCUUAUUGGCAUCACAUUGGUGUCCUCGCAUACGAAAACGAAGUAAAAGAUAUUGAAUUCACAAUCAAUUACAUUUCAGCAUGAUGCAGCUAGACAGCCUUCAUCCUCACUCGAUAACCUGAGAAUCUUACUUGCAAUGUAUUCGCCCCUUUUAAC